AUGCCCGCCCGCGCCCCUGUUCUCCUGUCGGCGGUCGCCAUCAUGGCGCUCUGCGCGAUGGCGAGAGUCGAACCUCCGCUUGCACAACAGUACCUGGCCUCAAUCACGACCAGUGACAUCACUGCCAAGUUCACAGUGCCUGCAUCGGCAGACGAGGGAGCUCUUCUCAUCCCCAACGUCAAAGAUCCCGAGGCAGUUGACCCGCAGAGUGUCUGCCCGGGCUACACUGCUUCAAACGUCCAGACGACCUCUCAUGGGCUCACCGCCGAACUUGACCUUGCCGGUCCAUCUUGCAACCUCUAUGGGAAUGAUAUCGAGGCAUUGUCGCUCGUCGUGGAGUACCUGGCAUCGGACCGUCUCCAUGUCCAGGUUCUGCCGCGAUACAUCGGCACCGAAAACUCCACUUGGUUCAUCCUCCCCGAAGAGCUCAUUCCGAAGCCCGCUGCAGACGGCAAGGCGAGCUCUGACGGAUCAGACAGCGACUUGGAGUUCAAGUGGGCGAACGAGCCGACAUUCGGAUUCAAAGUCUCCAGGAAGAGCACAGGCGAUGUCUUAUUCACGACGGCUGGGACAAGGCUGGUGUUCCAAGACCAGUUCUUCGAAUUCGCUUCCCCGCUCCCCAAGAACUACAAUCUGUACGGACUUGGCGAAGUCAUUCACGGCUUCAAGCUGAACAACAACCUGACCCGAACCAUCUACGCAGCGGAUGCCGGUGACCCCAUCGAUGGGAACAUUUACGGCUCCCAUCCCGUCUAUCUCGACACGCGCUAUUACCAGGUCGAUGCUAAUUCCAAGGAAGCCGUCUACGUUGCCGAAGCCACCGACAAGAAUGCAGAGUACAAAUCGUACACCCACGGCGUCUUCCUACGGAAUGCUCACGCACAGGAAAUCCUGUUGCGAGAAUCCAACAUCACCUGGAGAGGACUCGGCGGCACCAUUGAUUUGUACUUCUAUGCCGGCCCGACUGCGGACGCCGUGAUGAAAUCGUAUCACAAGACCACCGUCGGGCUACCCGCGAUGCAGCAGUACUGGACUUUCGGCUUCCAUCAGUGCAGAUGGGGCUACACUAGCUGGGACAACUUGCAAGAGGUUGUGGACGACUUUGCCAAGUUCAAGAUCCCGCUAGAGACGAUUUGGGCCGACAUUGAUUACAUGAACCAGUACCGGGAUUUUGAGGACGACCACAACUCAUGGGGCUACGAGGACGCCGCCCGUUUUCUCGACAGCCUGCACAGAAACGGACAGCAUUUCGUGCCCAUCGUCGACUCCGCCAUCUACGCCCCCAAUCCCAAGAACGCGAGCGACGCCUACGCGACAUUUGACCGCGGGGUCGACGCGGACGCCUUCAUGCUCAACCCCGACGGAUCACUCUACAUUGGCGCAGUCUGGCCCGGCUACACCGUGUUCCCCGACUGGGUCGGCGCCGUGUUAAACGGAAGCAGGACGUUCGAGUGGUGGAAGUCGGAGCUGAUGGCCUGGUUCCAAAAGGUCACGUUCGACGGCAUCUGGAUCGACAUGUCGGAAGUAUCAUCCUUCUGCGUCGGCAGCUGCGGCAGCGGCAACCUCACCCUCAACCCCGCCCAUCCCCCUUUCUCUCUGCCCGGCGAGCCCGGUAACGAAGUCCUCCAGUACCCCGAGGGCUUCGGCAGGACAAACAGCACCGAGGCCGCCGCGGUGUCUUGUCUCUCCUCCUCCCUCGCCGCCGCGACCCCGUCGUCGCCUUUUUCCACCACAACGUCUUCUUACCUGCGCACGACGCCGACGCCCGGCAUGCGCAACGUCAACUAUCCGCCCUACGUGAUCGACAACAUCCAAGGCGACCUCGCUGUGCACGCCGUGUCUUCCAACGCCACGCACCACGGCGGCGCCCAGGAGUACGACGUCCACAACCUCUUUGGCCACCAGAUCCUCAACGCGACCUACCAUGCCCUCCUCUCCGUCUUCCCCGGCAAGCGCCCCUUCAUCAUCGGCCGCUCGACCUUCGCCGGCUCCGGCAAGUGGGCCGGCCACUGGGGCGGCGACAACGCCUCGCUCUGGGCCUACAUGUUCUUCUCGAUCCCCCAAGCGCUCAGCUUCAGCAUCUUCGGCAUGCCCAUGUUCGGCGUCGACACGUGCGGCUUCGACGGCAACACUGACAUGGAGCUGUGUUCCCGGUGGAUGCAGCUCAGCGCCUUCUUCCCGUUCUACAGGAACCACAACGUAAUAGGGGCGAUCCCGCAGGAGCCGUACAGGUGGAGCGCCGUCGCGGAUGCGUCGCGGACGGCCAUGGCGAUCCGGUACGCGCUGCUGCCGUACAUGUAUACCGCCUUCUACCGGGCGCACACGUUGGGGGACACGGUCAUGAAGGCGCUGGCGUGGGAGUUUACGGACGAGCCGUGGCUCGCCGGUGCGGACCGACAGUUCCUGCUCGGCCCGGCCGUCCUGGUCACGCCCUGCCUCGAGCAAGGGGCCAGCACCGUCGACGGCGUCUUCCCAGGCAUCGGCAAGGGCACCGUGUGGUACGACUGGUACAACCAGUCUGCGAUCACGGGCGUCUCGGCCGGACAGAACGUCACCAUUGACGCUCCCCUCGGCCACAUCCCGGUCUACAUCCGUGGCGGCUACGUGAUUCCGACGCAGGAACCGGGACUGACGACGAAGGAGAGCAGGUCUAACCCCUGGGGCCUGCUGGUCGCACUCGAUGGCAAGGGCGCCGCCACGGGCAGUCUCUACGUCGACGACGGCGAGAGCCUGGACCAGGAAGCCACGCUCACAGUGGAGCUCUCCGCUUCCGAUAAAUCUUUGAAGGCCACCCCGUCUGGUGGCUACAAGGACGCCAACCCUCUCGGUACCGUCACGGUCAUGGGAGUACAGGGCGAUGUCUCGGCGGUGACUCUCGACGGGCAAGAUCUCGACGACGCAAACUGGUCCUUCGACUCGGUCACCCGCGCCCUCCGAGUGACUAACCUGGGGCCGCUGACUUCCGAGGGCGCGUGGUCGAAGCCCUGGGGGCUGGCCUGGUCCUGA